ACUCCUGGGCUCAAGCAAUCCACCCAACUUGGCCUCCCAAAGUGCUGGGAUUAUAGGCGUGAGCCACUGUGCUUGGCCCUGUCAUUUCUUUUUUCAAAGAGGAUAACAAUUUAUUUGACCUACAGAAAGUUUUAAAUGUUGAAGGAGAUUGGCCUGGAAAUGUGCUUUUGGGGAGCAGCACUGUCUGAGCCAGACCUCCAGAUACAGCCCAUUCUUUUGGCCAUUCUUGCCCUUUGCUCCUGAUUCUCCAAGCUGUACCCAGAGCUCUCUGGUCCAGCAUGUACCUGGAGGCUGCUUUUGACCAUGUUUUGAGAGUGGCAUGGCUUUAUCUAAUGGGAUGAACCUGGCUAAAGAGAUUAGCAAAAUGUCUUGUGGAUCCCACUUUUAAUCUGCAGCAUUCAGGCUGCCCCUUCUUGGCUGGGAAGGGCGCUGAAGAAACAACGCCCAGGACCAGGACUAGCCGCUGCUCAAGCUGAGAUUCUGAGACCCCUGCCACCACUACUGCAUUUGCGGGGAUCCCAGGCUAGGAGGGCUCGACAUGGGCAGCCCCCAGGGCAGCUCCCUACAGCUUGGGCCAUCUGCACUUUUCCCAAGGCCCUAAGUCAUCCGCCUCCGGGCUCGUUAAGGUUUGGGGUGGGAGCUGUGCCGUGGGAAGCAACCCGGACUACGCUUGGCAAGCAUGGCACUACUGAAAGUCAAGUUUGACCAGAAGAAGCGGGUCAAGUUGGCCCAAGGGCUCUGGCUCAUGAACUGGUUCUCUGUGUUGGCUGGUAUCAUCAUCUUCAGCCUAGGACUGUUCCUGAAGAUUGAACUCCGAAAGAGGAGCGAUGUGAUGAAUAAUUCUGAGAGCCAUUUUGUGCCCAACUCAUUGAUAGGGAUGGGGGUGCUAUCCUGUGUCUUCAACUCUCUGGCUGGGAAGAUCUGCUACGAUGCCCUGGACCCGGCCAAGUAUGCCAGAUGGAAGCCCUGGCUGAAGCCAUACCUGGCUAUCUGUGUCCUCUUCAACAUCGUCCUCUUCCUCGUGGCUCUCUGCUGCUUUCUGCUGCGGGGCUCACUGGAGAACACCCUGGGCCAAGGGCUCAAGAACGGUAUGAAGUACUACCGGGACACAGACACCCCCGGCAGGUGUUUCAUGAAGAAAACCAUCGACAUGCUGCAGAUUGAGUUCAAAUGCUGUGGCAACAACGGUUUUCGGGACUGGUUUGAGAUUCAGUGGAUCAGCAAUCGCUACCUGGACUUUUCCUCCAAAGAAGUCAAAGAUCGAAUCAAGAGCAACGUGGAUGGGCGGUACCUGGUAGAUGGCGUCCCCUUCAGCUGCUGCAAUCCUAGCUCGCCAAGGCCCUGCAUCCAGUAUCAGAUCACCAACAACUCAGCACACUACAGUUACGACCACCAGACCGAGGAGCUCAACCUGUGGGUGCGUGGCUGCAGGGCUGCCCUGCUCAGCUACUACAGCAGCCUCAUGAACUCCAUGGGGGUCGUCACGCUCCUCGUUUGGCUCUUCGAGGUGACCAUUACAAUUGGGCUGCGCUAUCUGCAGACGUCACUGGACCGUGUGUCCAACCCUGAGGAACCUGAGAGCGAGAGCGAGGGCUGGCUGCUGGAGAAGAGCGUGCCAGAGACCUGGAAGGCCUUUCUGGAGAGCGUGAAGAAGCUGGGCAAGGGCAACCAGGUGGAAGCCGAGGGCGCAGACACAGGCCAGGGCCCAGAGGCUGGCUGAGAGCCCUGGGGCCCCUCCCCUCCCGAACACUGAGAAAUAGUGGACUCAGGAAACGCGGAUCUCCCCCUCGUCCAACUCUGAAAGUCUGAAUCUCGCAAGGAGGGCACCAUCUCACAGAGACUCUCCCUGAUGGUGGAAUUUAAGUUUAGGGUCCCUAAAAGCAUUUGACACACAGUUGUUGAAUGACUGGCCCAAAAUGUGAAUGAGCGAGCUCCCUUCAGGCCCGCUGCCCUAGGAUAUGCCCUUCUGGUGACUCAGGGGCUCUCUCAGAUGGCUAGCCCAGGACCCGUCUUUCUCACACGAAUUUAGUCCUACCCUACAGCCACUGGCUGUAUCCGAGGGCUGCUCCCCUUUUAGAAUUCACCUCUUAUGAGCUCCAUGUUGCUUCACUCUAUAUCCAAAGUGUCACUUGGUGCAUAAGUACAGAAGUCUGAAAAAUGGC